AUGCGCCCUCGAUCUCGCGACGAGUUCGAAACCGCGAUUAUUUGUGCCUUGGCAUUGGAGUUUGACGCCGUCGAGGCCUUAUUUGACGAGGCUUAUGAUGGAUUCGGUGCAUCCUCGUAUGGGAAACAACCAGGCGAUCCGAACUGGUACCGGACAGGACGGAUUGGCCCUCAUAAUGUUGUACUAACGUGCCUUCCUGGAAUGGGAAAAGCCAGGGCAGCAAGUGUUGCCUCGAACCUUCAAGUCAGCUUUCCAGGGGUCAGUCUGGGCCUCCUGGUAGGUAUCUGCGGCGCAGUUCCAUUUCCAUCUGAACACACUGAAGUUAUCCUGGGAGACGUUAUUGUCAGCGAUAAAGUGGUGGAAUAUGACUUUGGCAAGCAGUAUCCAGAUGGAUUCAGGCGAAAUCGAGUUGUUAAGGAGACUCUCGGUGGCCCAAAUCGAAUGAUCAGAAGCUUCCUCUCCGGGCUGAAGACCCGAAAAAUGCACGGCGAGCUGCAAGAGCAGACUUGGAAAUACCAGCAGAGCGUCCGAAGCCAGCAGGACGGCAGAUGGCAGUAUCCAGGCACGUCGCAAGAUCAAUUGUUUCCCGCCGAUUAUCGCCAUAAGCACUAUCACCAGCAUCCUGACGCCUUCUGUCUCUGUGCGGAUUGCCAUUACAGCAGUGACCCUGUUUGCGAGAAGGCACUGGAGCUCAGCUGCAGAAAGCUCGGAUGCAUGGGUUCUCUACUGCAGAGAAAUCGCCUGACGGCAGACUCUCCCAAGCCAUGCGUCUUUUUUGGCUCUAUAGCCUCCGCCGACACAGUAAUGAAGUCCGGUGAACACCGCGAUAACAUCGCUGCAACGCACAAGGUAAUUGGAUUUGAAAUGGAAGGGGCUGGGAUAUGGGACAGCUUGCCCUGUGUCAUCAUAAAGGGCGUGUGCGACUAUGCAGACAGCCAUAAGAAUAAAAUAUGGCAGACAUAUGCAGCCGCAACUGCCGCAUCUUGCGCCAAAGCCUUCGUGAUAUGUUGGACGCCCAGCGUAUCAGCCCGAUCGGACCCAGCGUCAAUGGUCUAUGAAACGGUUCAGGGCAGUACAUAUGGAGAGACGAUGUCUGAUGAUCAGCGGAAACAGCUCCUAAGCAUGCUCCGUUUUGAUCAGAUUGACGCCCGUCAAAUGUCGCUCAAGGCUGCACAAGGCAAGACUUGCCGCUGGAUGCUCCAAAGUGCCCAGUAUAAAGACUGGCUUGACUCUGGAAGUUUGCAGAUGCACAAUGGAUUUCUCUGGAUAAAGGGAAAACCAGGCGCCGGCAAGUCAAUCAUGAUGAAGUUUCUCUUCCAGGAAGCAAGGAGGACAAUGAAGAAUAGCGUCGUGAUAUCAUUCUUCUUCAACGCGCGAGGCGAUGCUCUCGAAAAGUCAACAAACGGCCUAUAUCGCUCGCUGCUCUUUAAUCUGAUGUCCAAAAUGCCAGAUCUCAUCUCGUGCCUCGAUAAUUGUGGCAUUCACAGCCAGGCUGCCAUCAAAGACAGUGGUUGGCAACCGGAAAUGCUUAAGGAGAUAUUCAGACUGGUUGUUGGCCGUCUUCAAGACCGUCGCGUCGUUUUCUAUGUCGACGCAUUAGAUGAAUGCCCCGAGGAUGAUAUCCGCGACAUGGUGUCUCUAUUUGAGGAACUCGGUGGCCGUGAGAAACCAGGGCAGCUUCUAGUUUGUUUCUCCAGUCGCCACUAUCCCGAGAUAAGUAUCAAAACAGGGCUCCAGCUUGUCCUGGAGAAAGAGGGCGAGCAUGGCGACGACAUCCGCCUUUAUAUUGAUUCGCAGCUCAAGAUCAAGAAUGCACCACGGCCCGAGGAGAUAAAAGCUGAAAUACUGAGGAAAUCAUCGGGUAUAUUUCUUUGGGUUGCCCUGGUUGUGCUCAUACUCAACAAAGAACAUGAUCGAGGCCGCACGAAAACAUUGAAACGAAGACUUGACGAAAUCCCCGCCGGCUUGCAUGACUUGUUCCUUGAUAUCCUCACAAGAGAUUGCAAAGAUAUAGACGAGAUGGUCCUUUGUAUCCAGCUUAUCUUGUUUGCCAAGCGCCCCCUCAGCCCCCAGGAGUUGCAGGUGGCCGUUCUCACCGGAUCGGAAGACCAGCUUCAAGACCCUUUCAACGAAGCAGAAGCCACAGCUGGAGUUCUAAGAAAGUUUAUUCUGGACGUGUCGAAAGGACUAGCUGAGAUCACAAAGUCCGAUGCACCCACCGUUCAGUUCAUCCACGAGUCAGUGCGAGACUUCCUGCUCAGAGAAGGCGGAAUGAACAAGCUAUCAAGCGGAGAAAACAACAUCGAAGGACAGAGUCAUGCCCAAUUCACCCGAGCUUGCCUGAUACAGCUCGGAGCUGACUUGAAACCCGACGGCGGUCGUGCCGGUUACGCGCGUGUUGCAUUUGAUGAACAUCAUGCCCAGGAGAUCUCAAGCAAGUUUCCCUUUGUAGAAUACGCGGCGAACCACAUUAUACACCAUGCCAACACCGCGCAGCGUCUCGGAGUGCCGCAAGCGUCGUUCCUUGAGAAUCUAGUUCUGGACAAAUGGAUCCCUCUCUACAACACCUUCCAAAAACAUUCCAAUCAUCGGUAUAGCCAUGAAACACACCUCCUGUAUAUUCUUUCCGAACAAGGAGCGGAGGCCCUGAUCGGGAUCCAUCCCGAGAGAUCUCGUCAUCUGUCACUAAGUGGCGGCCGAUUCAAAUACCCACUACUUGCUGCAUUAUAUGCCGGUAAGAAGGCGGCUGCGAGGGCGUUACUGGGUAUUGAUGCUUCUGGGGAUACCCACCCAGAUGAACCUCACCAGGGAUGCCCUGAGAGCCCCGGGAAAAUGCGAUUAGAAGAAGCCUUCAAGAUUCCACGCACCUUUCUCUCACACCUCUCAGAGUUUGGAGACACGGUGCUAAUGCGGAGAAUGCUAGAGACGGGCGAGUACAAGCGGAGUGAAUACGACAGGAAGUACAAUGCGGCGAUACAUGGACAAAGCAGCUGUCCUUCCUUGGUUGCAUCAGAGGCUCUCUACUACGCUGCAUCAGAGGCUGUAGUGGAGCUUCUAAUAGAAUUUGCUGCAGACAUUGGUCUAUCCCCUAAUACUCGUCAAAACGAUAUUUUGACGGAUACUAGCAUCGUGGAAGGGGAGGGGCCAAGUACCAGGUUCGCCUUCCACCGAUUAAUAUACCGUUUUCCUUCCUUCCUUGGGCAGAAUACCUUGGCAUAUGCCGCCGAGAGGGGAUUUGACCGGCUGGCAAGAGUCGCUAUUCAACAUGAACCCCAUACUGUCGAUGAAGCAAACGUGGAAGGAAAAACUCCCUUCCUCCAUGCGGCUCAAGGCCGAAGAAACCACGGUGGCCGGCUAGCAGUCAUGAAAAUACUGCAUGAAGCCCAGGCAAACCCAAAUAAGCCGGACAAUUCUGGUCGAACACCAUUGCACCAUGCAGUCCUGACACCAUCCAACGAGGAUAUCAUUCAAUUCUUAACAGGGACAUGCGAAGUCGAUAUGGAACGUAAAGAUUACACAGAGUGUACACCACUUACCUCAGCUGUCCAGGAGUCUCGGAAGGGAUAUGUCCAUCUCCUUCUUGCUGCUGGGGCUGAUCCCAUGACACGCUUCCCGGACGGUACCCCCAUGCUCACAUACUCCGUGAAAACGGGUUAUAUGGGGAUCUUUAACCUGCUAUUCAAGGAUCCGACAUGUGAGCAUGACGCUACUGAUUCCAACGGACGUACAGCGCUCUCGUGGUGCGCGACAGUUGGAGACGAGGUGGCGGCGAAGAUGAUGUCAAUGCUUCUGGAAUCCGACACAGUGGACCCUAAUAGACGAGAUUAUGAAGACCGCACGGCGUUGGAGCGAGCAAUUGCCUGUGCCCAACCCACAAUGGUGGCGAUGCUAUGCUCAUCCACUCAGUCUCUCGAUGUUAAAACUAGCAAGGGGAUACACGUUUUGAGGCUGCUCGUUGCUCUUUGCCAUGAACAGAAUUCCAGCCAAUUCCACGAGAUCGCCAGAGUGCUUCUUUUGUCAGGGCACAUCAAAGCGGAGUGGGGAGGGUGGCUUCAGGCGGUUUUAAGACGCUGUGAAUUGUCUGGGUUGGACGAAAUGUCCCGGAUGAUACGGACAUUCCUAGAGGGAGGCGAUUUGGGCAACCCUGUAUAA